AUGAGCUUUUUAAGACCAUCCAUUUGGAGAUCUUCUCCAAUGCAAAUGGUUCAAUUGUUCGUUCAAAUUGAAGCAGCUCAUGACACUGUCGAUGAGUUGGGUAAAUUAGGACUUAUUCAAUUUUUAGAUGAUAAUGAACAUGUUAAUUUAUUCCAAAGAAAUUUCGUAAAUGAAGUUAAACGUUGUGAUGAUAUGGAAAAGAAAUUAAAAUUCUUUGAAGAUCAAGUUAAAAAGGAACCAAAAUUACAAAAACUUUUACCAGAUAAUAUGUUAUCAGUUGUUGAUGAUGAUUCACAAAUGGAUGAAUUGGAAGGUCGUUUCGAUGAAUUAGAAUCUGAAUUAAAACAAGUUAAUGCCAAUCAAGAGACACUCCAAAGAAAUUACAAUGAAUUAAUUCAAUUACGUCAUGUAUUGACCAAGGAUUCAGUAUUCUUCCAAGAGAAUCCAAAUUUGAUCGAAGGUGAAGGUCAUGAACAUAGCGCACGUAGUCCAUUGCUUGCAGAGGAUCAACACGUUUCAGAAGUUGCCAAACAAGGUGUUAAAUUAGGUUUCAUCACUGGUGUUAUGAAUACAGACAAGAUGCCACAAUUCCAACGUUCACUUUGGAGAACCACCCGUGGUAACAAUUAUGUCAAGGAUGCACGUAUCGAAGAGGAAAUCAUUGAUCCACAAACUGGCGAGGAAACUGCCAAGACUGUAUUCAUUGUUUUCUUCCAAGGUGAGAGAUUACAACAAAAAAUUAAAAAGAUUUGUGAAUCAUUUGGUGCCAACAUCUACGAUUGUCCAGAUAAUUCAUUCGAACGUUCAAAUCUUUUACAAAAAGUUACUGUUCGUAUCACUGAUCUCUAUGAAGUUUUACAACGUUCAAAGGAUCACAAGAGACAAACUUUAGCAGGUAUCGUACCAAGACUUUACUCAUGGAAGAAGAAGGUUUUACUCGAGAAAUCAAUCUAUCACACUAUGAAUCUUUUCGAUUAUGAUGUUGGUAGAAAAUGUUUAAUCGCCAAAGGUUGGACACCAAAAGAUAAGAUCGAAGAGAUUCAAUUGGCUCUUCGUACAGCUACCACCCGUAGUGGUGCUUUGGUACCAUCAGUUUUAUCAAUCAUAAAGACUGAAGGUUCACCACCAACUCAUUUCGAAACUAAUAAAUACACAAGUUCAUUCCAAGAGAUUGUCAAUGCCUAUGGUAUUGCACAUUAUCGUGAGGUUAAUCCAGCCGUUUUAACCAUCGUUACUUUCCCAUUCCUUUUCGGUGUUAUGUUUGGUGAUGUUGGUCAUGGUGCUCUCCUCUUACUCAGUGCCCUCGGUUUAAUCUCUUUGGAAAAGAAAUUGGCCGGUAAGAAAUUGAAUGAAUUAAUUCAAAUGCCUUUCGAUGGUCGUUAUGUACUCUUCCUUAUGUCUCUCUUCUCCAUUUAUGUUGGUUUCAUUUACAAUGAAUGUUUCUCAAUUCCAAUGAAUAUUUUCGGUUCUCAAUAUAACCUUAAUUCAACCACCGGUCUUUACACUUAUCAACAUACCGAUCGUGUUUAUCCAGUUGGUGUCGAUCCACUCUGGAAAGGUGCUCCAAAUGAAUUGGUCUACUAUAACAGUUUCAAAAUGAAGUUAUCCAUUAUCUUUGGUGUCGUUCAAAUGAGUGUUGGUAUUUGUUUCUCAUUGUUGAAUUACUUAAAUCAAAAAGGUCCAAUCAAGAUUGUAAACAUUCUCACUCAAUUCGUUCCACAAAUGAUUUUCCUUUGGUCUAUCUUUGGUUAUAUGUCUGUCUUGAUCAUCUUAAAAUGGGUCGUUCCAUAUCGUUCAUUUGAGGUUGACAAAGUUGAUCCACCAUUCAUUCUUCCAACCAUUAUCGCUAUGUUCUUGUCACCAGGUGGUACACCAGAUGUUGUCUUCUUCUCUGGUCAAGGUGCUGUUCAAACCGCUCUCUUAUUCUUGGCUCUCAUUUCCAUUCCAGUUAUGUUGGUCAUUAAACCAUUGUUCAUGAAGAGAUUCCACUUCCAAGAAGUCGAAAGAAAGAAAUUAGGUCACCACGAAGAGGAACAUGAUGAUGAAGCUCUCUACACUGGUCAUCACGGUGAAGAAUUUGAAAUGGGUGAAGUCUUUGUUCAUCAAGUCAUUCAUACCAUCGAGUUUGUUUUGGGUGCUGUUUCAAAUACUGCCUCUUAUCUUCGUUUAUGGGCUCUUUCAUUGGCUCACUCUGAGUUAUCUUCUGUAUUUUGGGAACGUAUUCUCAUUGGUCAAGUCGAACGUGGUAAUCCAUUCUUGGCUUUCGUUGGUUUUGGUGCUUGGUUAGGUGCCUCUGUUGCUGUACUUUUACUUAUGGAAUCCCUUUCUGCUUUCUUGCACGCUCUUAGACUUCAUUGGGUAGAAUUCCAAAAUAAAUUCUAUAUUGGUGAUGGUGUUAGAUUCAUUCCAUACAGUGCCACUCGUAUUCUUUCUGGUUCUGAAGAUGAUGAAUAA